CAAAUUCAUAAUCCCGAUAACAUGCCUCAAUCCAAUGAAAAGAAAUCAUUUCAAAGAGGGAUAUGUAUGAACAUCUAGUGUCUUUGUGAGCAGACACAAAAUCCAUAUCAACUUUUCAUUUCAUUUCACCGGUUUGAAGUCACUCACAGAGAAUGAUGGCAACAAAAACAAAAACCAAAGACAGGAAACAUGUUUACAAUCAACAAUUAUCGUUUACAAAGAGACGAAGCUGCACACCGAAGAGAUGGUGCUCUUCGAGAUGCGAGAGAAGAGGCUGGUGGUGUCUCAUCGUUGCCGUAAACUUAUUAAGUUGUUGUUCCUGGUCUCUGGCAAUACAACCAACAAUGGCAGAGAUGGAAAUGCAUGUGGUAGAUGGCGGAGAGGGAGAGCCUCUUGGUAGUACACACCAAGGAUCUAACACCAAAAGUUUCAUCAUGAAAUCUACAGGAAACACUACCGGUGUGGUGGCGGCAACAAAAGGCCAUAUUGCAGUUGCUCAAAGUAUUGUUGGUGAUUUGGAGAUUCCCGGUACUACUAGGGACGUUAGGGGCGGUAGUAAUGAAAGUAUAAAUAAUAACUUUGGUCGUUUACAUAAACAGCACAACAAAGAGGCAAAAGUUUCAUUAAAGUUCUCAACGUCAGCAAUAGAGGAGGAUGUGGCGGCAACAGAACCACAACGGAAUGGCAUUGCCACAAUGGAAAUGAAUGAAAUGAAAGGCUACACCAACACCACCGCCACCACAACCAUGGACACAGCCACCACAAUUAGUAGCGGCACCACCACAACGCUGCCCUGGGAUUUAAAUCAUACCCUCGGUCUGACUGAGAAUGCCUUUCACCAGGAAUGCAUGGAGAAUCGCAAUUCCCUGGCCCAUGUCUUCACCGUGGCCCUGUAUUCGGUGGUGUGUGUGGUGGGCCUGUUCGGCAACACUCUGGUGAUCUGGGUGGUAUUUCGCUUCUCCAAAAUGCAGACAGUCACAAAUAUUUAUAUUCUCAAUCUGGCGAUAGCCGAUGAGUGCUUCCUCAUUGGCAUACCAUUCCUGUUGUACACCAUGCGUAUUUGCAGCUGGAAGUUUGGCGAGUACAUGUGCAAGGCCUACAUGGUGAGCACAUCGAUAACCCAAUUUACUUCGUCCAUAUUUUUGCUAAUAAUGGCAGCGGACCGGUAUCUGGCGGUGUGUCAUCCGAUUGAAUCGCCCCGCUAUCGUACGCUGCGUAUCGCCAAGCUCGUCUCAAUGAUUGCCUGGAUUACAUCGGCCAUACUGAUGAUGCCGGUGAUAUUGUUUGCCAGCACAAUACGGCAGGAGGAUGGCAUCAACUAUUCAUGCAACAUUGACUGGCCGGAGGUGUACAAGAAACACUCGGGAACCACCUUCAUCCUCUACACAUUCCUGUUGGGCUUUGCCACCCCGCUGUGUUUUAUUUUGGUCUUCUAUUAUUUGGUGAUUAAGAAAUUGCGUAGCGUCCAGCAGAAGCAUAAAUCGAAGGAGAAGAAGCGUUCCCAUCGCAAGGUCACACGUCUGGUGUUGACUGUCAUAACGGUGUACAUAUUCUGCUGGCUGCCCCACUGGGUGUCCCAGGUAUCGUUGAUUAACUCUUUUGUGGGUCAGCGAGAAUUGACACGGGUGGAAAUACUGCUCUUCCUGCUCUUUGGCUGUCUGGCCUACUCGAACUCGGCCAUGAAUCCCAUACUCUAUGCCUUUCUAAGUGACAAUUUCCGCAAAUCAUUUACCAAGGCUUUCAGCUGUAUGACCAGCCACGAGGUGGAGGCCCAGUUAAUUAACGAAAAUAGUGUGGUGACCCACAAACGGACGGGUAGCGGUGCCAAGCAACGCAAGGGCUCGAGACGGGUGUCGGUGCCCAAGACGGGACCAUCACCACAACAAAAUAAUUGUUUUCUGGCACCCACGAUUGUGCAUAACAGUGGUGGCGGUUCGUCAUCGGGUACAUCAGGAACAUCCGCCUCGACGGCAACCACGGCAACUGAUAAAUCAUCAUCGAAUAGUCAACAGCAACCGAGAAAGGAAAUUAAUGGUGGUGUCAUUUGUACCACAACAAAGGAUGGUGAAAAAAUCACAUUGGUAGUAAAUCAAGAUGGGGAGGGGGAGGAGAGGGUCGGUGUGGCGGAAGAUCAAACGAAUGUUUAGAGCUGAGGAUGAUAGAAGGAUGGUAAUUAAUGGAAAUCAACCUGAAAUUAUGCAACGAAUAUUCGAAUGUUUCUGGUGUCGACCAGCUGUUUCUUACAGUUCUUGCCUAAAAGUAUGCUGUAAAUUAGUUGUAUUAUUUAUUUAAUUAAUUAAAGUGAAUGAGAAUUAAAGCUGUUGUAUUUCGUAGUAUUAAGCGAUAGAUUUAAGAUUAAAUUAUGUAAAGAAAAAUUAAGGAAUUUCAAAGAAUU